AUGAAAAGCAAUUUGCCUAGUCUAGUAGAAACAAUGUCACAAUUCUUGCGACUACUCGUACUUAACAUCGACAAAAGAAAUACUAAAAUCAUCUGGUUCGUAUUCUGGCACUGUGCGGAGACUGGUGAAAAAAUAACAGCGAUCGUGGUCUUCUCACUCGGAGUGGCAAGUGAAAUAGCGGCGUAUAAAUUGAUCUUUAUGUAUCUCUACAGUGACGCCAUACAGGAUAUAGUCGAAGACUGUCUACUUCUAGACGCUGAAAUAUCUCCCGCGAGUCGUAUGGCUUCAAAUUUCGAGAAGCACUUAAGUAUAGUUAAACGACGGGCCACGAUUUUCUGGUGCUUUAUUUGUUGUAAUGGCAUACUUUAUGUUGGAGAACCGAUUCUUCUACCAGGGCGACAUCUUAUGGAAGAUGAUUUUAUUCUAUUUGGUCUAGAUCCAAUAUUUGAAUCACCGAACUACGAAAUAGCCUUCACAGCUUGCGCCCUGGGCGUCUUCUUUACUUGUUAUUUAACGUCAAACAUCAGUAUGUUUUUCGUUGUUAUGACCGGCUAUAUAGAAGCGCAGCUCUUAAGCCUUAGCGAGGAACUUACUAACAUAUGGGACGAUGCCAAAGAAGAGAUGACCGGCAACUGCAGCCUAACCCUAGAAGAUAACCGAGCCAUCGACCAAUUUAUCCAAAACCGUCUCAUAGACAUUUUUAAAAGCCACACAGCUUGUGUCGAUCUAGCGAAACGGGUAGACGCAGUCCUGAACCGUUCAAUUGGUACGGAAUUUCUUCUUUUAGUCAUAAGCCUGAUAGCAGAACUACUCGGAGGCUUGGAAAAUACGUAUCUAGAACUACCCUUCGCGUUAAUUCAAGUCACCAUGGACUGUAUAAUGGGGCAGAGACUUAUAGACGCCUGCGAUGCCUUCAGCGACGCUGUAUACUUUUGCAAGUGGGAGAAUUUUAAUGCGAAGAACUCUAAAAUAGUACUCCUGAUGUUAACGAACGCUCAGAAGACGUUAUCUCUGUCAGCUGGGGGUAUCGCUACCCUCAGUUUUGUAUGUUUAAUGUCUGUAUUGCGGUCUAUCUUUUCAGCGUAUACGACAUUGGGGACUGUCGUGCACUAA